GGCGGGGCCCGGAAGCGGCGGCGGCGGCGGCGGCGGCGGCAGUGCUGGUGGCGGCUCGGGGACUGCUGGGUCGGUCAUGGCUGCGAACCUGAGCCGGAACGGGCCUGCGCUGCAGGAGGCCUACGUGCGGGUGGUAACGGAGAAGUCCCCGACUGACUGGGCUCUCUUUACCUACGAGGGGAACAGCAAUGACAUCCGUGUGGCCGGCACUGGGGAGGGGGGCCUGGAGGAGAUGGUGGAGGAGCUCAACAGUGGGAAGGUGAUGUACGCCUUCUGCAGGGUGAAGGACCCCAACUCCGGCCUGCCCAAGUUUGUCCUCAUCAACUGGACUGGCGAGGGUGUGAACGAUGUGCGGAAGGGAGCAUGCGCCAACCACGUCAGCACCAUGGCCAGCUUUCUGAAGGGGGCCCACGUGACCAUCAACGCGAGGGCCGAGGAGGACGUGGAGCCCGAGUGCAUCAUGCAGAAGGUGGCCAGAGCCUCCGGUGCCAACUACGCCUUCCACAAGGAGAGCGGCCGUUUCCAGGACACGGGCCCCCAGGCCCCUGUGGGCUCCGUGUACCAGAAGACCAACGCCAUAUCUGAGAUCAAAAGGGUUGGCAAAGAUAGCUUCUGGGCCAAAGCAGAGAAGGAGGAGGAGAACCGCAGGCUGGAGGAGAAGCGGCGGGCGGAGGAGGAGCGGCAGCGGCUGGAGCAGGAGCGCCGGGAGCGGGAGCUACGUGAGGCCGCCCGCCGGGAGCAGCGCUAUCGGGAGGAGCCGGGCAGUGAGGCCGGACCCCAGAGCAGGAAGAGUGAGCAGCAGGAAGUGAUUUCAAGGAGCAGAGAGGAGCAGGAGCCCGGCAGUCAGCCCACACAUCCGCGCGAGAUUUUCAAGCAGAAGGAGAGGGCCAUGUCCACCACAUCCAUCUCUAGCCCCCAGCCUGGCAAGCUGAGGAGCCCGUUCCUGCAGAGACAGCUCACCCAGCCAGAGACACACCACAGCGCAGAGCCCACCCAGGCCUCCUCAAGGCCCAGGGCAGAUGUCCGUGAGGAGCCGGUACCCAGCACCCCGCCAUGUCCAGCGCAGGCUGAAGAGGAGGCUGUGUACGAGGAGCCCCCAGAGCAAGAGACGCUCUAUGAGGAGCCCCCGAUGGUGCAGCAGCAAGAGGCCGGCUCUGAGCAUGUGGACCACUACCCGGGGCUGAGCGGCAAAGGGCUCUGUGCCCGGGCCCUGUACGACUACCAGGCAGCCGACGACACGGAGAUCUCCUUCGACCCCGAGAAUCUCAUCACGGGCAUCGAGGUGAUCGACGAGGGCUGGUGGCGUGGUUACGGGCCAGACGGCCACUUUGGCAUGUUUCCUGCCAACUACGUGGAGCUCAUUGAGUGAGGACCCUCGCUGCUGGCCGCACCGAGGCCGUCCUUCCCUCCCCGCCCACAUGUGCUUUCCUUGCUGCCGCGGAUGUGGUGCGCGUGGCGCAAGAGCCACUCAGCAGUCCUCCGGGAAUGGGACCCCCCCAAAGAAGACAAGGCCUUGGGCUCCCUCAGACUGGGGUGCUCAGCCUGUCACCCUAGAUGCAGCAAUACCCUGUGAUUCCCAAACCAGCCCUCCCAGCCAGCCUGGCCUUUGACCCCCCACAGAGGACAUGGAACCAAGCCCUGCCCGUGGCCGGCCCCGCGGUGGCCUCUGCCUGAGGAGAAUGACGCUGCUGCGUGGGGCCGUCUGAGGAGGGACAUUUGCCUUUUCUUCCCUUUCAUCUUGGCUCUAAAGGGCAGUGGCUCCAGUUGUCUGUAAUCCUCGGGAACAGUGACCUUAGCGUGUGGGACCAAAGUCUGAGUGGGUGGUGACGGUUUGGGCAGCAGUAGGUCAUGUUUCUGGAUCCCCCCGUGCUCAGUUCCCUGUCCCUCUGCCUGGGCUGCGGAGCAUGGGCCAUGGGCACGGGGAUGACAGAGCCCCCCCGAGUGUGUGAUCAGCGAACCCGUGUCCUUCCGUGGUGCGCCCUGUUCCACCAGCCCCGGUGUGUGCUCUCACCGGCUCUCGUUCCCGAAGAGGGACGGACUGGAGCCGCCGAUGUCCGCUGUCUCACCCUCUUUGUCCCAGCCCACCCGUGUCUGCUUUCCGAGCGAGAACUGCCCCGUUGUGGCCUGAAUGCCCCCGUGUGGAAGCCGACCCCCUCCCGGGUGUGUGUGCGGUGUGUGGUGCGGACAUGUGUGUGCGCGCACACGCACCCUCAGACCUCAGGCCGACCACGGCCACUGGGAGAGGCAUAAACGUAAAGAUGUGACUCAA